UGGAUUGCAGCUAUGAAGAGACAGGAUUGGGAGCCAACAGAGUACUCCAGACUUUGCAGUGAUCAUUUCAUUUCAGGAGCAAGGAGUAACCACCCCCUCUCCCCAGAUUUUGUUCCCAGUGUCUUCCAACACACCUCAUCACCUGUGAAGCGAAAAGGGCAGCAGUCUCUGGAGUCAUUUCAGCGUCGACAGGCCAUAAAGUCCAGAAAGAGAGACGAAGAAUCCCGUAGAUCAGCUGCACAAGCUCUCCUGGAUCUAACCUCAGGCCUGAACAUUCCAGUAGAGGACUUGGAAUUAGAGAAUACUACUGAGGCAGAUGUUGAACGAACAUUUGAAACCUCAAACAGUGUAUGCACACAGACUGACUUGUCCAUGGACCAUAUUUCUGCUAUGGAACUUGAGCUCCAAAACUUGAGGGAUGAAACUAGAGACAUAAAGGCCGACAAGUCAAGACAGUUUCUACAAAAGUCUUCCUUUGAAAACAAUGAUGAGAAAGUCAGGGUGUUUACAGGGUUGCCUUCUUUCACUGUUCUAAUGAUAUUUUAUGACGCUGUCAAAGUUUGUUUAAAAGAUAGCCCUACAAUGAUGUGUUUUCAACAAUUUCUUCUUGCAUGCAUGCGGCUCAGUCCCAUUAAUGUUAUCAUGGCCUGGACGUGA